CGCUGGUGGAUAUGCUGGUCAUUCAGGCUGAGAAGAUCCUCAUGUGUGCCCAGCGCCCCUCCGAGUUCCAGCCGCCCACCGGGGGGGCCGCCCAGCAGCCGCACUACCUGGAUGCGGCGGCACUGGACCGACCCACGGACGCAUGCAGGCUGGUGAUGGCGCUGCUGGAGGAGGCGGGACGGGCUGCUCGUGAGGCGCUGGAUGGCGGUAACCUGGCCUCCCUGCUGCUGGAGCUGGGCGGGCGCAUGCACGCCACCUGGCUCAACCACAUGCAGCAGUUCACAUUCAGCCCGGCAGGCGCCCUGCGGUGGCGCAGCGACGUUGCUGGCUACACCUCGGUGCUGCGCGGCUGGGCCCCCCCGCUGCUGCCCCCCCUGGAGGCCCGCAUGGCCUCGCUGGCGGCCCUGUGCGGGGUUCUGCUGGUGGAGCCGGAGCAGCUGCUGCCGCUGGUGAAUGGCAGCCUGCGACUGGACCACAGGGAGGCCAUCAAGUACGUGCGGUUGCGUCAGGAUUUCAGCACGGCUCGAGUGCAGGGGCGCAGCUUGCAGCAGGUGUUUGGUGGAGGGGAUGCGGUGCCUGGGGGGCAGCAGGCGGGCGGUGGAGGAGGAGGGGGAGGGGGCCGCAGGUGAUCGGAUGAUGUUGGUGGUGAUGAUGGCGAGGGGGGUGGCGGUGGUGUAGCGGGAAUAUCCCCCCACGUGGGCAUAGACGGUGGGGGAGGGCACGGGGUGGAAGUUGUGGUGGUGGCUAUGGGUGGAAAUGUACUGAUGCGGAGGAGGGGACUUUGGUGGUGAAGGUGUAUGAGUUUGUGAAGGUGAAGGUGGGAGGUGGGUGCGAAGGUGGCAGGUAAGGUGGGUAAAAAAGUUAUUUGCGAUGAGAGAGAGAGAGAGAUCAUGCAACGCGGGAAACGAUUGCUGAUUGAAUGUCUAAUUGCAUUAUGCGGCAGGUCGAACUUGGGUCGCUUAAACAGGAAGCGCAG